CAGGAAGUGAGGACUUUCGUUGGACACGAGGCGCCCGUCCAUAGCCUGUCGUUCUCACUGUGCGGACAGUAUUUAGCCUCCGGAGGAAUGGAUAGAAAAGUGAUUGUUUGGGACAUCGGUUCCGGAAAGUCGUUGAAAGUGUUUACCGGACACUCGAAUGCGGUUUACAGCGUGUGUUUCGAUCACAACAAUACUCUUCUCAGUUCUUGUGGUGCGGAUCAGACGCUGAAGCUCUGGAAUCUGAAGAAUACCAUCAACUCGUUGUCCAAUAAACCACUCGUCGCCGACUCGGAGACCAAUCAAAACACAGCGCGCGUAGAAUCGGAUCAAUUCAUGUCAUAUCAGAUGAACUCCAAACUAAUUCACUCGCAAUUCUUGCCGCGAAACCUGUUGCUAACGAUCGGCAAAAGAUGUUAACUAAUUCCCAUUGACUUACAUUACAUUACGUUAUCGUUAUUUCGUUUAUUUAUUGAAUUAAAUACUUUUGUAAAUAAAAAUAAUUUACUAUAACUUUGUUUACGACUAAAAUAUACAACAAAUCGUCUCAAGAAUUGCUUUUCUGUAACCAAUUCUAUCCAUUAAAAAAGCACACAAAGAGGG